ACACCGCUAGAAUCAGAGUCGUUUGAGAUAAUCGCGCCGUGAAACUCAUCCUUUUUCCGAUUCUCUAAAUAAUUUCUAUCCACUAUUUCUCUCAUUCUUUAUAAUGUACUUCUCUUUUAUGAAUAAGAAAAAUGUUCUGUCACGUUUCGCUUAUCGUUAAAGUGUAACUAAAACAAAUCUUUUGGUAUUUUAUCGUCGGGAUGAGGCUGCGCCUCUCGCUAAUGGAGCAUGGAACUGCCCCGAAUAGCCUCGCAAACCUCAAUUUGUCCUCCAACAAUACCCGGCAUACAGUUGAUGACCGGAUACCAAAAACCGAAAACACCGGUCAGCAAACAGCUGCUUACAGCUGCCAAACAGCCAGCUGAACCACAGUUUGCCGUUCUUCCUUCUUCUGCCUCUUAUCAACCGAGUCGAAAGCGAGAGGAAGCUCGCGCUUUACAAAAUUUGAGAAGAAGACUUCAGGCUGUGAAAGUAUUACAAGCUAAUAGAGCUGAGCCUAUCGAGGCUACCUCUUGUGCCAAUAAUAAUCUUAGUCCCGAAGAACUUGAUAAUAGGCCUUAUCUUCUUAAAAAGAUAUUAACAAACCGUCCAGUGACUAUGGUGCUAGAUAUGUCAGAGAUACAAACCGCAUGGCAAGACAGCGAUUUUAUUACGGAUUGCCUGUGUUGGCACAACGUUUAUCGCCAAAGACAUUCAGCACCGCCUUUAACAAUGUCUUCGGAGCUUUGUUACCUUGCUCAAACUUGGGCGAAUCAUUUAGCUCACACAAAUAGAUUUUACUACAGAAUCGACAAAGAAAUUGGCCAAAAUCUAUUUUGUCGACCUUCUAAUGGAUUAGUUCAAGAAAUAUCGGGUCAAGAAGUAGCAACUUAUUGGUAUUCAGCAGUACGCCAGUACAAUUACGGAAAAGAACCAGAUUGUUUACAUGUAAACGUGAAUGCAGGUCAUUUCACACAAAUGGUGUGGGUGUCUACUAGAUUCUGCGGCGUCGGCAAAGCUCGCGGUAGAUCUGGCAAACUUGUCGUAGUAGCUCACUAUUUACCCCACGGGAAUGUGUCAGGGGCGUAUUUGGAAAAUGUGCUUCCACCUUGCGAAGAUUAUCCUAGGCUUCCUCCUCCUCCCCCACCUCCUUCGAGGCUAAUUAUGACAGGUAGCGUCACUUCCGAGUCUAGUUCUAAUACUCCGAAUAGCAGUUCUUAAAUUUGGCAACCGUGAAGUACUAAUGUUUUUUCUCACCAAAACGAAGAUUAUAACUACUUUAGUUAGGUUUGUACAUUUUGUAUUAUUCCGAGAAAACGCCAAAUUUAAUUUUGCAGUUAUGUAUUAGGGGUCGUCACUAUUUAAUCGACGAUUUAAUUCGAGCGGACAUUUCGAAACAGCUGAUUGUUUUAAUUGGAACAAUGAUUUCUUAUUUUUUUAUAUAAUCUCUUUAAAUUAUAUUUAAAGAUACGAAAUAUGUACAGAAGGGAAGAGUAGACUAAGAUCUACAAAUAAACGUAACGCAAUACAAUCACUGAUAUAAUAAUAACUAUUAUACAUUUCCCCGAUUUUUUAGCUCUUAGACCUUUUUAUAUUCAAUUUCUUAGAUAAAAAAUCUUGAUUUUUAGUCUACUCUGUUAUAUAGCGUGUUUUUUGUAUGGAAAUAUUUUACGGUUCGAUCUAAUUGAAUGAAUAUAAAAAUACCUUCUCUUUUAACAUUAUAAAGAUUAUCUACUUUUUUAUGUACACUUCUGUUCACCGAAAAAACAUACAUUAACAUGUAAAUCAGAGCUGCUAUCUAACAUCAUUCUCAGGAAAAUUUCAAGCGACGCCCAAGAUGUUGCAUUGAUUAAUUUUUUAAGAGAACAUCCCUUUUAAUCGACUGCUAGUGCUGCAUAAACAACAAACUGUGCAAGUGCUAGGAAAACAUCGCUUUCAAAUGAGUGCAAGCAAUCCAAACUUGCAUUUGCACUUAAUUAUGUGUAUCGUAAUCUGGACUUUUGGGAACGAAUUGCCCUCAAAGUUUCAAAAACAUUUAAAUCGUGUAAUAACGGAUAUUUUCGCAUUUACAGACUACCAAAUUCAAGAUUUGAAGAGCAAUACGUUGACGGAAGUAAUAAGUCCGACAAAUUUUCAGUAAAUGUUUGGACUUGGAUCAGUAUCAAGGGAUGUAGCGUUCUGUGGGGAAUCGCUGGAAGGUUCAACUCUGAAGUUUUCCUCAAUUUUAUUUACUAACAUGAUAAUUGUCCUGUAAACUCAACAAUGGUUUCGACAAAACAAUAUUCAGACUCUACCGAGGUCGGCAAAUAGUCCUGAUAUAAAUCCCAUUGAAAAUUUAUGGGGAAGGUUGAUAAAAACAAUUCACAAAAGUCUUCAGAAGAAAAACAUAUUUUCCUCUGUAAUUCUCGAGCAUACUUUAUAAUGGAAAGGAUUAGUCUUAGUCAUUCGAACCAACCACGGUCACGAAAUAUACAGGGUAACCCGCAUAAACACCGCCACAGAGCAAAGGCGUAUAAGGUAGUCCAAAAUAUAACUCUAUAUCAAGCUGCAUCCCUAAAGAGCUAUAGAGCUCAAAGUAGGGCACAAAAUUUUCAGAAAAAUUAAUUUCUUUGCAACCCUUUAACUCAAAAAUACCAAAUUUGGUACCCUGUAUGAGUCUGUUAAGGUCAAAAGUUCACAGAAGUUUUUCAUCUGCCAGUUGAUUUAAAAAAUUUAACUUCUAGACAACGAUAAAAAUUUGGUAAUAGGCUAGUUGACAAAAUUUGGAAAUUAGUUUAAAACUAUAGCUUAGCAUCUAUUUCACCUCAAAAUUAUAUUAUUUUAAAAAAAAUAGGUUUUUUACGUUAGUAUUUUGAGUUUUUAGAAAUGAACUUGAAAUUGACCGUGAAAAAGGCCAAGACUGUCAUGGCGUCUUGAAUGACGCGAAACAGCUGUGUUUGUUUAUGACAUUCAAUUGUGUUUUUCAAUAAAUAAUAAAUUCCUCGUAUUAUAAAUCUUGUAUAGUGCCCCAAUGCGUAAGUACAACGAUAAAAACGCCAAACAAAUUAUUCAUAUACGUUCCAAACAAUAAAGAAAUAGGAAGAAAGUGGUUAAAAAUGGCAAGGAGACAAGAUGCUUUUACUUUAACAACUGAUUCCACAAUUUAUCUCUGUGAAGAUCAUUUUGAUGUCAGUAUCAAACAAAACUUGAUGUAUCUAUUUAUAAAUGUACAAAAUGUACCAUAAUAUAUCACACAUAACAUAUAAAAUGUUAUGAAUUAAUUAAGUUAAAA